GUCGGAUCGUUGAGAGGCGACCUGGAAGGGGGACACGUCGGAGAGCGUUAGGUUGCUUUGCACCUCUCGGGUGAACGCGGCUGGCGCUGUUUGGUGAGGCGCCAAAGUGGGCCCCAUUCUCUACAAUUCCCUCGGGAUUACAUAUAAUGUGUAAUGCCUAUGUAAGUCGCCCCGUUUGUCUGACUAAGGCACAUUUGGCUAUGGUGUAUGUACAAAUAGAUCGAUAUGUGAGGUGCGUUUAAUGGGGUGCUGAGAACUGGAGGAACACUCACUGCUCAUGGGCUGGCCAACAUUAUCUCGGACCUUCUUAGUGGUCAUUGCAAUUCUAGUUGGCAUCCUGGCUUUUCUUCAGUCGUCUCAGUCAGCGAGAGCAUCCAUCUCUCUAAACAGCCUAAGAAAGUUUUCCGUCUUCUCCAGAGCCAGCAGCUCAACCGACUCGUCAAACAUGGCACCCAGAACCCCAAUAUACUUUGUCAGCCAUGGCGGUCCAAAUAUCCAAUAUGAUACCAAGCAUCCAGUGUAUCCCGUGCUUCAGCGCCUCGGGAAAGAGAUCACCCAAAAAGUGAAACCAACCGCAGUGGUGGUCUUCUCUGCUCACUGGCAGGGGGGGCCGAAGUCCAUCGAGCUGAACAACGCCGUGGACACAGACCUCAUAUACGAUUUCUAUGGCUUCCCAAAGUCAUAUUAUGAAGCCACCUACCCAAGCAAGGGCAGCCCAGAGCUUGCCAGCAAGAUCACGGACCUCCUUUCCAAGAGCGGCAUCAAGGCCAAAGGGGUAAAGCGAGGCCUCGACCAUGGCGUAUGGUCCGGCUUCAACGUCGCCUUCAACCCCAAGACGAACCCCCUAAACGUCCCCCUCGUGCAGGUAAGCCUAUUCGAUAACGAAGACCCAGAAGCGCACUUCCGCCUCGGCGAGGCCGUGGCCCCGCUGCGCUCCGAGGGCGUCCUCAUCGUCGGCGCCGGCAUGUCCGUGCACAACCUGCACGCCCUGCGCUCCAUGCACCUCGACCCGCGGCCCCAGCCCUGGGCCGUCAGCUUCGACGAGGCCCUCCGGGACGCAGUCGUCGGCCCGUCCCCCGAGCGCCGGGGGCGCAUGGCGGAGCUGGUCCGCCGCCCCGACGCGAGGAUGUCCCACCCCACCAUGGACCACCUCAUGCCCAUCUACGUCACCGCUGGGGCCGCGGGCGCGGACGCGGCGGAGCAGGUCUGGACCAUGCAGGAGGGUGGGUUCGGGUGGGCGCAGUACCGCUUUGGGGAUGUGCCUAGCUGA